AUGAGAGCUGAACAAGAGAGUGAUAAUGCUCAUAUGUCACCACAGUCUCCGGUAUCAUCUGAGGACUAUGACAGGUCUGAUGGCUUUUCACACGGUCCCUUCGGCUUGAAGCCUAGAUCAGCCUUCAGUCGUGCAUCUCGUCAAGAAUAUGGGGCAGCAGAUCCAGGAUUUACAAUGAGAAGGAAGAUGGAGCAUUUACGGGAAGAGCGUGAGCAGAUUCGGCAGCUCCGCAAUAAUCUUGAAUCCAGAUUAAAAGUCAUUCUGCCUGAUGACAUAGGAGCUGCACUGAUGGAUGGAGUUGUUCUUUGCCAUUUGGCCAAUCACAUAAGGCCACGCUCCGUAGCUAGUAUUCAUGUGCCAUCACCAGCAGUGCCCAAGCUGAGCAUGGCAAAAUGUCGAAGAAAUGUAGAAAAUUUUCUUGAUGCUUGCAAAAAGUUGGGUGUUUCACAGGAGAGACUCUGCUUGCCUCACCAUAUUUUGGAAGAACGAGGUCUUGUGAAAGUUGGUGUCACAGUUCAGGCCCUCCUUGAAUUACCUACUACAAAGGCAUCUCAGCUUUCUAUGGCUUGAUUUGACAUUGAAAGCAUUAUACGUGUAUAAUUUCAUGUAUUUGAAAUGAUUUCCGGUAUCUCAAAAUCAUGAAGAAUGUCCAGUAACAACAGUUUGCCUUAGGUUUCUUUCUUUUAGAUUCACAUAAGAUAUCAGAUAUGAACUCUGAGUUUUCCAAGCAAUUUUUGGAAGAAAAUUGGAUUAAUUUAAUAAGAGUUUUUGAUAAAUUAAAAUUCUCCUUUUAUUUUGUGACUCAGUAACCUUGAUGAAUUUCCAGAAUGCAAAUUAUUACAAAAUUGAAAACAUACUUUCAAUUUAACAAUCACAUUAAGUUGAAUAUUUUUACAUCACUGUAUACUAGUGAACAUCUAGGUCACCUAAUCAUGUUUUAGGAAAACAAUUCUAUAUUUGAGUUACUUCAUAUACUUCUAGCUUAUACACAAUCUCUUCAAUAUUUUGUCUUUGUUUCCUAGCAAAAAUGAGUAGAAAAAUCAAAACCCUGGCAUUAUUCAAUUCUUUUAGUAUUAUCAGUUGGUGCCAAAAUAUUUUCAGUUAUACUGUAGGUUGUUUACAUGUGAAGUGCCUGUGUAAUUGAUGAAUCUUAAAUAGUCUUAAGCAUUUUUGCAAUUUCUUUUUAUGUAUUAAUAGAAUCAAUGGAAUUUUUAAAUAUUUUGGUAGGUUUUGUAUGGUCAGUAAUAUGUGAGGAUUUAAAUGUGCCUCACAUUGGUGGUUUCUUAGUUAAUCCAUUGCAGUUUCCCUUGAAUUGGUUAUUUCAUGUUGUCAAAAAAUGUUAAUAUGCUUAAUUUAUGCUAUUUAAUUUUGCAAAACCGUAGUCAUCAUUUUAAUCAUUUUUUCGGAAGAGUAUUUUAUUUCUCUGUUGAGAACGUUACACAAAGCAGUAAGGCUUUGGAAAGCUAGGGAAGUACUAUUGUCAAGGACAUUUGGGUUCGUAUCUCACCUUACAGAAGCAUUCAGUACAUCAGUGCUGCCUUCCAUUUUCAGAGAGUGGCCAUUAAGAAACAGGUUUUGAUUAAAAAAAUCUGUCCCUUUCUGGAGCAUGUAUACCUUAUGAUCCUCAAGUAAGUUGAUGUUGAAUUAAACACAGUCUGGUUCAUGGAAUAGAAUGUUCAGUAAAGUCCUUGCUUGAUUUGGAGAUGUAUAAACUUACAGUGAUACUAGGGCAGGAAUUUUUCCAAAACAUUACUGUGACAGCUAACUCAGUUUCCUAUAGAAGAGCCUUCAUAUUCACUUUUGUAGUAACCAAGCUAGUAUCAUUUCUUAACUGUGUGAUUAUUUGCACUUAUUACCUCUUAAUAUGGAUGCAACUUAGUAAAAACGUUGGUCUAGGAUAUUUCAAAGGGCAUUUAUAAAAUGUAAAAUGUCAUGUGCCAAAUACUAUGGUAAGGAUUGGGUUUAGGAAUAAAUCUACAUUUUUUGUCAGUCAUUAUGAAGCCAUAUAUUUCAAUCUUGGCUUCAGAAUACAGAUGUGUUUUUACAUUCCCAAGAAGUCAAAUUCGAACUAUUAAAGAGUCAAGUUUUAUACUGUAAGUUUUAAGAAUUAAAUUAUUAAUAAUUUAUUAUUUAAAUAUUUGAUCAAAUUAGUUAUGGCUAAAUAGUUGGAUCUGAAAAUAUCCCCAAUGACAUAGGUAAUUUAGUAAGUACCUUAGUCGAUGAGUUUUUAACCUUGACAGUUGACAGCAUUACAGACUUAAAAACUUUUAACAACCAAAACAAUCAUUCAUAAUUCUCUCAUGGUUAUUGUGCUAUAGAAUUGCUCUUAUUACUUAAUGUUGUAUUAUUUUCCUAGUAGUUUUGUGCUUUGUUAUUAUUGAAAUAGUUGUGAUUUUUUAGACAAUUCUUUUGCUACAUUUCACUUGUCAGUUAACUAUUACCUUAAAGAGAAAGCACACCAGAACUUCGGUGCUCUGUCGUCUUUAUAGCUAAUACAAAUUGUUUUCAAGAUGGGUCCCUUUGAGGUCCUUAAUUAUUAUUGUGCCAAAAGUCAAUAACAACAUCACUUCUAAGGCAGUUUUUCAGCAUAGUCCACAAUGACAAACUUAUACCAAGACCCUGACAUAUUUAUGUUAGUAGUUUUUAAGUAUAAAUUUUAUGCUAAAUAUUUUUAUGACAUAUAUUUACUUCAAUUAUUGAUUUAAGAAUCAUCAUUAUUUGGAUUUUUUUUGAUUUGAGGAGGAUUGAAUAAUCAAAGAAUAUUUUUAUUGGGGCCCAAAUAUCAUUAGGUAGCUACUUCUAUUAAACUUUAUGACCAUAUGGCACAAGAAAGAAGUGAUGUUGGAUAUGUUUGAAUUGAAAUGAGUAAAAAUGCAUAACCAUUUGUUUAAUAAUUAUCUUUAUAGAAUGCUAGUUUAAUGACUUUUCUAACUGAAUUUUUUGAAGAAUUCAGAAAUGUUUGUAUUAGUCACAGAUUUAUCAUAAUUGAUUUUCUGAUGCAUUUAAAAAAUAAAUGGAACACUAAAUGUAUAUUACCGAUGCAAACUGUGGAUAAAAUUGAAUGAAAAAAAUCUCA